AUGGGAAUUUUUGCGAGUACUGGUUGGAAGAAUGUUAUUUCCAAGUUUGCAGAUAAAUCCGGUGAUAAACGCACCAAAAAACAACUGAAGAACAAGCUAGAUGUUUUCAAAAAGGAAUACACAGUGUUCAUGGAGUUCAAGAACUGUGCAACUGGGCUUGAAUGGGAUGCUGAAAAAAGAACUAGAUGUAACAAUCCUGAUAGAGGAAUCAAAUGCGGGCAUGUGAAGUUUCGGAAGCAAGGGCCAAAGUUUCUUGAAGAUAUGCAUAUAAUUUUUGGCAAGGCACAUGUUAGUGGGUCAUCAGCAACCUGUCCUGGAGAUAUAUCCUCCGACGAGGCAAGUGAUGAGGAUGUCGAGGAGGUACCAAAACGUGCAGAGAAUGCUGGGAAGACGGGGAAUCAAGGAAAGAAGAAAUGCAAGGGGGCCUCCACUGCUGUUGAAGACAAAGAUGAAAAGAGCCCAUUUUUUCGCAUGUAUAAGAACACUUGUUUGAAGAUAGAAACUGCAGCAGAGAAAAUCUCCACAAGUAUUAAAGCAUCAUCCGCUCCUCCAACCAACCUCGUCCCAUCCAUUGCACAAACUGUGAAUAUGGUGACAGAAUGUGGGGUGGAAGAAGGAACUGCUCUCAUACACACAGCCUCCUCUCUAAUCCAGGAUUAG